AUGAAGCUUGUGACCACAUUUCACCAAUCGUCCUCCAUUCUGUGUUCAGUCAAAUGUCGGCUUGCGUCGCGGGACCUUGAGCAUCUUGUAGUCGGCAAGGCGGACAGGCUCGAGGUGUAUUCCAUUGGUCCACAGGGGCUGAACCUCGAAUGCACGCUCCAAGUAUGGGGACGUGUGCUUGCGCUACGAGCCAUACCUACACAAUCUACUAUCUCGAAUCUAGUUCUAAUGCUAGACCAUCCUGAUCCAGAACUUAUCUUCUUAUCAUACACAGAGUCUUCCGCAGGCACAGGUGAACUCUCGGUCAAGAAAACCAAGUCCUUGCGAGAACGUCUCCCCAGACCAGCCGAGUUCUGCAACGACCUCCUCAUCGACCCAACCGGAAAGGUCCUACUUGUGUCCUCGUAUGUGGGCAGGCUCAAGGUAGUCGUACUGAAGAAUGGAAUGUAUAGCCAGGACUUUGAUGUAACACUCCCUGAGCUCAAUGUCUUCUCAAUCGCGUUUCUGCCUACUGCAAACGAGGAUACGUAUGCUAUCGGUAUAUUACACAUGGAUCAUCAAGAGCGCCUCAUGUUGAUAGCCCGCGAACUCAGCAUCGACAACUUGGAGUUGGAUCCCCAAGCUUCGACCUGGCUCCCACAGACCGUCCUCGUUCAGAGUAUAUUCCCUACGUGUACCGUUCAUAUUCCUAAACUCGUCCACGUACCCGCAUUCUCUUCGGGAGCGGAAAUGACUUUCAGAGGAGGCGUCAUGGUUCUAGGCGGGCGUCGGAUUCUUCUGUAUGAGAUGUCCGACCUAGAAUGGCAGACCAGAGCCAAGGGAAAGGCGAAACGUAUCGCGAACAAGAAAAAGAGUGCAGACGAUGCAACGGUCAAUGAGGCCAAGGAAAAGGAGAAGGCCAGAGCUGCCAAGAAGCGUAAAGCUAGAGCUGCCAUCGACUGGCCAUGGUCUGAUGUUGUUGCAUACUGUCAAGUCGAUGAGACAACGAAAUUUCUUAUCGGUGAUUCGUAUGGACGAUUGGCCCUCCUUUCUCUGAACGAACUUCUCAAACAUGGUCUCGUUCUAUUCCCUAUGGGCCAGGUAUCCUCGCCCACAACCUUGACUUACUUGACCUCCCAAGUCUUCUUUGUUGGCUCUCACCUCAGCGAUUCCCAACUUGUCCAUAUAAAUCCAGCACCGAUAGUCGAGCGACAGGAAUCGGUCUUACCCAUCCCUGUAGGCACGACCACAUUCCCCGCAUCAAUCCUAGAUGGAACAUCACCUAGUUAUGUUGGUAAAGGCAAAAAAAGAGCACAUGAUUCCGAAGCUCCUGGCGGUUCUGCCAACGAGGACAUUGAUAUGGACGAUCCAGACAGCGUUGAACAAGCUUACGAAGAGGCGAUGAAAGCCAAGAAGCACGCUAUUGAGCAGGGGCGCAUCAUUUCGAAUACGAACGAACAUCUCCAAGUUGUCGAUUCGUGGAAGAAUAUUGCACCGAUUUUAGAUGCAGAACUAGUCGAUCUCGAUGGGAAUGGACAGAAACAAGUAGUCACCUGCUCGGGAGGGAAAGCUACCGGCUCCCUCAACGUAGUUCGCAACGGUGCAGAUUUCCGAGAGCUGGCUGCCGUCACUGGCUUAGAAUACCUUGUUGGUGUCUGGCCCAUCAAGCAGCAGUUCGAAAAUAAUGCGGUUUCACAUCUGGUCACAUCAACGUCAACGUCGACUUCCCUCUUCGAGUAUGUGGAUAAGACUUUGAAGUUUGUUCAACAGACCGGCCAGGGACUUGUGACAAACGAACGCACCCUCGCCGUCGCGAACAUGGCCGGGAGGCAGCUGAACCAAGUAGGCAACACUUACGGAAAUUCACCAAUGAUCAUACAGGUCACAAAGCAUGGCGUCCAUCUAUUGCACUACGUCAGCGCGUUCAACCAUUGGGACCUCAAGGACAAAGCUUCGUUUGGCGCGGAGAUUGUGGCAACGGACAUCAACCCCAGUCAAGUUAUUGUCGCUCUAAAAGGCGGUAAUGUCUACACUGUUGUCAUCGAUGCCACUCAAACAAAGCUUCAGUCACUGCAGCUACAGACUUCCUACAUCUCACAGGAAGUGUCAGCUAUCUCUUGCGCUCCUAUUGGCAACAGCCCCUAUUUCACAAGAUACAUUGCCCUCGCCUAUUGGGAGAAAAAUGUGGUCGAAAUUCUUAGGCUGGGGAAGGGGAAUAAACUUGAAUCCCUAUCCAAAACGCCGUCUUUGCCGGCCGUUGUGCGCUCGUUGGUCCUCCACAACUUCGGCACAGAGUCCUCGGGCAGCAAUAGUCGUCCGUAUGUACUUGCUGGCCUGGGAGAUGGCAGUGUCGCGGUCUUUGCAUGGAAGGAUAACAAGGAAUUGACGGAUAAGAAGCUUAUAUCACUGGGAUACGCGCCGGUCAGCUUGUCUUUGUGCGAGGUCGAAGGCAAAACGGCUGUCUUCGCUGCCGGGACACAGGCGACAGUUGUUAGUUGGGAUGGUAGACGCUUGAGGGAUUCGCCUAUCAUGUUGAAGAGAGUUGUUGCCGCCGCGCGAUUCAAUACUCCCGACUACCGGUCCUGUCUGAUUCUCGCAAACCCGAGUGGUCUCGUCAUUGGCAACGUGAAAGACCUUAACAAACUGCACGUUCGCCCAGUUCCGCUCGGUUUGGACAUUCCUCGAAAAGUCGUACAUGACGCAACGGCGAAGGCCUUUGGUGUGAUAUGCUCACGAACACCUCCAGUAAGGAUUGGCGAGGCAGAGAUGCCCUCUGGUUCAUUCAAGCUUUUCGACGAAGUCACAUUCGAGAAUCUAUGCGAGUUCUUCAGCGAGCCACACGAAGAGUUUACAGCAAUUGCGAAAAUGAAUUUUGUCACCGAUGUCAAGAACGUGUCUGUUUACUGCGUUGGAAGUCUGCGAUACAAACCGCAGGAGAUAGAGCCUACUGGAGGGCGACUGUACGCUUUCGCCGCUUCAUACCAACAAUCGACGAUGCAGAUAUCUGUGCUGGCAUCGGAAGAAGUGAACGGGUGUGUCUACGCCGUGACUGUCGUUGGUGAUCUUAUCGCUGCUGCCGUCAAUUCAGCAGUGAUGCUCUUCAAACUUGAGGCAUCAGACGACAAGGAGGCACCCCGUUACGCCUUCAAGAAGCUAAGCGAAUGGAAUCACAAUUACUUCGUGACAAGUCUAGUUUCGUUCGAUAACCAACUGAUUCUCGGCGAUCAUAUCAGCUCCAUAUCACUCGUCCGUGUCGAAGGCGAAAAGCUGAUCUCUAUGGCGAAGGACUACGCUCCGCUAUGGCCCGUGAGUAUUGAGGCAUCUACGCAAGAUACUAUCAUUGGUUCGAACGAUACAUUAAACCUUUUCACAUUCUCCGUCUGUCGAUCACCUCGUAGGACGACCCUCGAACGGGACGGUUUCUUCCACCUGGGUGAUCUCGUCACGAAGUUUAUACGAGGCAAGCUUUGCCGGAAUAUCUCCUGUUCCCUGAUUGCGCCUGAUGCAUCGAACAAUGUCCCGUUAACUCCUGAAUAUGUUUACGUGACAUCAUCCGGCCGUAUCGGUGUCAUUGUCGAGGUCUCGGACAUGAACGUGGCAACUGGACUUCAUGAACUUCAGCGAAAUAUGGCCUAUAUACGAAAAGGCCCUGGAGAAUCUACCUUGGCCCAAUACCGCGCACCGAAGAACAACAGGGGCCGCAGCGACGCCGAUCCGUCUAAAGGCUUCCUAGACGGAGAUUUUCUGGAAUACGUCUUCAUACACGCAACAUCCCCGGAAGAUUUACAGAAGAUUGUAGCUGGGCAAAAUGCGUCUGAGGGUUUAAGCAUACCGAUGGAUUCCCUUAAGAAAGUAUUAGAAGCACUUCAAGCUAUGCAUUGA